AUGGUUCUGAGCCUAAUUUCCGGGUCUCUGUACGGCCAGGCGCGAAGCUGCAAGGUGCAGCUAAAGGAGUUAGUCAGUAUCCACGCCGGGAUAGAAAUGGAGAAAAGCCUUUCGUUCGAUGCUUUGUAUGUCGAGUUCAAGCGAUUCGUCAAUGAGUCUCGCUUCCUGAGAGACAAGGAAGCGUCUGUCAGAUACCAGGCCAGGGACCCCGAGACCAUGCGAUACUUUACGAACCAGUUCUGGUCCAUUCGAUGGAAUCUCCUCAAGCUGUCCUUCCUACCCGAGCCCCGGCUCACCUACAUGGAUAACGUCCGCCGAAUCAUCAGCGACAUGCAGGAGUACCUGCUCGAUUCCGAUGUGUGGAGACAUAGGUACGACUACCACCAUCCCAAGAAGCAGGUGCCUUCAUCCGGGGCGGUGUACGCGGUUCUCGACGCAGGUAGAAAGGAUGUAACCUCCCAAUUCGAGGAGUUCGUGUUAAAGCUCAUCAAGCAGAUGUUCCCGGGCGCCGACCCCAACCUCUGCACUCGGAUCCAAACGAUGGUCGUCGACCGCCGCAUCGCCAUCAACUACCAGCAACGUCACUACCGCAGCAGACGCUCUCGGCACGACAGCCGGCAUUCCGGACACCGGAAGUCGCGCGAUGCGGUGCAUAGUAAAUCGCGCGCGCUGCCGGAUGUGUUCGCGUGGCCGCACAUCCCGAGACGCCGUCGGGGUGAGCCCAACUUCCAAUGCCGGUAUUGCAUGGUAUACUUGCCAGCCGAGGACUUCGAUGAGGUCGAAUGGAUCAGCCAUGUGCUCCAUGAUCUCCGGCCCUACUUUUGCCUGUGGGAGUCUUGCUCCAAGGCCUGUGGGGAUGUGUAUUCGUGGAUCAGACACAUGCGCUCCCACCGGGCUGCAAGCGCGGGCAAGCGGUCUAUUCCAUUCGAUGCCUGCCCUCUCUGUGAUGCCCAUGAGGAUGAGCUGGGUCCCUUUGAUAAUCGAGAUACGGACUUACUAAAGCAUAUAGCGCUCCAUCUCGAGGACGCUGCUAUGCUUGCUUUGCCCGGGCCCAUGGAUGAGCUCCUACGUCGCCAUCUGCGUGGAAGGAGAAUUGCUCUGCGGCCUGUACAGCCUUGUGCGCGCGAUGGAGACGUCAAGGUCCAGCCCCGGGAACGCGAUUCACGGGCUCCCGAGAUUCAGAGUCAGAAUCGCAGCUCACUAAGUAUCAGUAAGGGCAGGUCUGAAAGCCUUCUCCGGGUUGGUGAUAGAGAGACCGUGGUUGUGGAAUGUGGAAGCGAAGCGGGUCAGAGAGUAAGCUUUGUGAUAGAUCAAGAAGCGGAUCCGGCAGAGCACAUCGCUGCCCAGGAAGAGGAUCCUGAUGACAACUACGAGGUAUACCCUAUUGAUCAGGAAGGUGAAGAAGGCGGAGAUGCCGAUCACCUCGAGGAGCACUCUGAAGAAGAUCGCGAAGAAGACUUAUAUCUCGCUGCAGGCCCCUCCGAAAACAAGACCUUUGAAGAAACUCCCGAGACGGGAUUUAACUCAGGAUUAGCUGAAGUUGACCGUCACUCGGAGCGUCAAAGUAUGCUAGCAGAGCCAACGAGCAGUGUGGGAAGGCGGAAGAGGUCGCGGAUUCCACGAAUGUUGUCUCCCUCUGGUGACAGCUAG